AUGAGCGCGCCCCACUACUUCGACUCUCCCCACUUCCUCUCCACCGCUCUGCACGUGAUGACGUUCCUCGAAAUCCCCGUUCACAUUUUCGGCACCUACUGCAUUCUGCUCACAACGCCGCGAUCGAUGCGUUCCAUCAAAUGGAGCAUGCUCAAUUUGCACGUUUGGAGUGCAUUUCUCGACUUGGGCAUCAGUCUGCUCACCACUCCGUUCGUAUUGUUUCCCGCGAUUGCCGGCUAUCCUCUGGGCUGUUUGAGAGAGGUCGGAGUGCCAACUGCCGCACAAAUCUACCUGAUUGUUAUGCUGUUUGCAAGUGAGUUCCACAAAAUCCUAAAUGGCAUGUUCAUUUUUCUGUUUUUUCAGCAGUCGGCGUCGCCAUCGUCACCAUCUUCGAGAACCGUUUCUUCCUCCUCUUCGCCGAACAAAGUUCAUGGAAGAGUGUACGAAUUCCGUUUCUGACCGUCAAUUACACACUGGCGUUUCUCUUCUUCAUCCCGCCAUACCUACACAUUCCGGACCAGACAACAGCGCUAGAACACACGUUCAAAGUUUGA